AUGAAUAUUGAAAAAAGCUCUUAAAAACAUACUACAAGUUCCAAUAGUUCUCGCAGUUCUUCUAAACUAAGAUCCAGAUCAAGGUCGAACAGUCAAAGACGAGAUAGGAAGACUGAAAAGACAGAAUCCACAGAUGACAAAUAGGGAAGUGAUUAGAAUGUCAAGAUUGAGUCCAACAUACCUCAAACAGCCAGAGGGAAGAGACAAUUAACUUAUAUUAAAGAUUUGCCUAAAAGACCUCCCAAAUGUCCAAAUUAUCCAUAGUAAUUUAGAGAAAUCAAUUUGGUGACCAAUAACUUUAGUGUUCGGUCCAAAAGAAACGGAAUCAUAGUUGUUUAUUCAGUGAAAUUCUUACCAUUUAUAGAUCCAUAAAAUAAUAACCUAAAGAGAGAGAUUAUCAAAAGUUAAGAAGAUGCUCUGAGAGAAUAUUUAGGACCUUUUGUCUACUAUAGCAAUACAAUAAUAGGAAGCAAAGAAUCUUCAACAUUUAAUUUUAAAUUGGAAAAGCCUAUCAAAUUUGAGGAUUAUGAUUACUAUUUAGAAAUCAAAAAGGUUAAAGUUAUUAACAUGCAAGAUUUAGAAAAUCCCAAUCCAAUAGAAGCUGAUAAACCAUUGAUGUUUUUUAACUACUUGAUUAAAGAUUUCUUCAAAAAUUUAAAAUAUUAAGAACAUGGAAAAACAAGAAAGUUUCAUGAUAUAUCCAGAAGAUAACCUAUUCCAGAAACCGAAUUAUCAGUAAUACCUGGUUUUGCUGUCAAUUUUUAAACUAAUGAGCAGGGAUUUAGUUUUAAAAUUGAUAUCAGUCAUAGAAUUAUCAGAACAACCACAGUAUUAUAAUAUAUUGAUUAAAUUUGGAAAGAACAAUCGAAUAAGUAAUGCAGAGAGAAGUAUGUCACACAUGUAAUGACCAAACAAUUGGUACUUGCCAAUUAUGGAACAUAUAGAACUUAUUCAGUUGACAAUUUAUUAUUUGACCAAAAUACGGCGGAAUAUUCUAUAGAGUUAGCAGACUCAAAAGGGAAGCAGUAAUUUAUAACAAUGGACCAAUAUUUUAAAUAAAGAUAUAAUUAUGAUAUCAAGAAUAAGAAAGCACCUUUAUUAGUGAUUGAAGAUACAAAAACCAAUAGAAAAGUCUAUUUGGUGGCCGAAUUAUGUAUUAUGGCAGGGGUUCCAGAUAAUUUAAAUGAAUUCACAAGAAAACAGAUUUAAAAAGAGUGUUAGACAAAUCCAAAAGAUAGAUUUGAAAAAAUAAAGAAAAUGUUAUUUGAUUUAAUCAAUCGUUAACCUUAAACAGGAUUAACCAUGUAAAAAUUAAAAGAAGAAUUUGGUAUUGAUAUCAAUAGUACUCCUUAAUAUGUAAAAGCAAAAUAACUUAGACCUCCUAAUAUAGUAUUUGGAAAUCAAAAUGUGAUGCCUUAAGGAGACAAAGAAAACUUUUCGUUUAAUUGUAACAAUCAAUCUGCUUUUAUUAAGAGAUAUGAAGUUAGAAUUGCCAUAAUAUCACCAUACGAUUUCGAUUGUGAGGAAUUCACCUAGAAUAUUCAUGAAUUAAUAUAAAAAUAUGGAAUCAAAAUGGGAGUGCAAACUAAAUGUCAUUAUUUAAGUGGACAAAGAUAAAACUAUAUUGCUGAAAUCGAAUAAACAAUUAUGAGAAAUGUACCACAUACAACUAAUAUGAUUGUUAUUGUACUGAAUAGAUACAUGAAAAAUUGCUAUGCUCCAUUAAAGAAAAUGUGCAUGUCUGAAAAAUUCGGUGUUCUUACUUAAAUGGUAUCCAGUGAUUCUAUUUCAAAAUAAAAAAAGGGAUUGUUUUCGAUAAUUCAAAAAUUAGCCAUUUAAAUGAUGGAUAAGGUUGGAAAUUGUUUAUGGACUGUUCAAUUACCUUAGAAAUGGCCUGAUAAUAUUAUGAUUGUGAGUGUUAUCAUCGAAAAAGGUAAAUUUGCUGGUAUGUUGUCAAGUCUAGAUAAAACAUAUUCAAGAUACUACAGUUAAAUGAGUACUAAAAUUGUUGAAAAAUGUUUAAUUAAAGAUAUUGGGGACAUGAUGAAAUAAUCUUUUUUGUAAUUCAAAUAAGAAAAUGGUUGUUUCCCUCAAAAAAUCAUAUACUUUAGAGAUGGUUUAAGUGAAGAAUCAAUAUCUCAUUUAUUAUAAUAUGAAACCAGAGAAAUUGUUUUGGCUGCAAACUAGUUAUGUUAAUUUGGAGAUUAAAUCAUUAUUAUCAAUAUUUAAAAUACAAAUAUCACUAAAUUGUUUAGAGAAGAGAGAGACCAAUAUUUUAAUGCACCCGCUGGAACAGUUGUUGAUAGUGAAAUAACAACAAAAAACUAUGAAUUUAUCUUGGUUCCUGUUUAUAGUUCAAGAGGUUGUCCAAGACCAAUAUUGUAUCGUAUCAUUUAUGAUACAAUUAAAAUACCAAUGGAAUAAUUAUAGGACUUCGUUUAUGGCUAAUGCUACAAUUAUUAAAAUUGGACAGGAUCUAUUAAAUUACCUGCAAUAGUAAAGAAUUGUUAAAAAAUGAUCAAGUUCUUAGUAGAGAUCCUCUAAACAGAACCAAUAAAUAAAUUAAGAUCAUCAUUCUAUUAUUUAUGA